AUGUCUGACGCACCAGAAAUAGAUUUCGGCGACGAUGUCGACACGGCCGCAUUUGAGCAGAUUCUCGACAUGGAUGACGAAGACGACCGCGAUUUCAGCAAGUCAAUAGUCUUUGGCUUCCUUGAACAAGCGGAAACGACUUUUGCCAAGAUGAGUACAGCACUGUCAGCAAUGUCCCCCCCAUGUGCCAAACUCCAUCAUCUAACAUCCUCACCCAACAGUAAGGAGAAGAACCUAGAAGAGCUUUCCAGUUUGGGUCAUUUUCUCAAAGGAUCAUCGGCCACCUUAGGGUUCACCAAAGUCAAGGACGAGUGUGAAAAAAUUCAAAAUUAUGGGCACAAAAAGGAUGAGACGGGGGAGAUUGAUGAACCAGAUGAAGAGAAAUGCCUCCAACUCUGCAAAACAAGCAUCAUGAAAGCCAAAUCUGCUUACGCUGCGGUCGAUGAUUUGAUGAGGAGAUAUUAUGCCGACUGA